UACUGAUAUUUGUAGCACUUAUUAGUUCUCUAUUUUGGGUAUGCGUACUGACUGCUUAAUUAAUUUCAAUGCAUAACUGUUUGUUAUAUCGACAGACAUACAUUUGGUCAUGGAUAUUUCAUAUUAGAAUGCCAACAUUUAAACGAGAGAAAACUUGGGAAUGGGACUUGUCUAACAAGAAGACGGUGCGAAAUCCGAAAUACAGAGAAUGCCACAAAUGGCUUGCCAACCAGUUUACCGAAUAUGAGUUCACAAACGACGCUAGAUUUGAGUGUUUCAAGGACUAUCCGAGGAACCAACGACUGUUUCAACAGCACAAAGAUUUCACCAGAGACUAUGAGAGGAAAGCCAAAUUCUACCGUAGCCACCAGAGAUUGUACUGUGUUGAAAUCAACAGACAGAUUCGUAAAGUGGAGGAUCGGUUUUCUAAACUCAUUCACGAAACUUUCUCUUCAAAUCAGUUCAAAUCGAGGGCGCUUCAAUAUAGUUAUAACAAGUGGAGAUCUAGUCAUGAAAUAAGAUUUGAACACGUAAAUGAAAAUUCUGGAGCUCCUCCGAAAGAAAAAGAAACUGCAGUAGCAAAUGAUGACCCCGAUGAGGAGGAAGACUUGAUUGUUACUGAACGUCCAGACACCGGUGAAAGGCGAUCUCCCGUGAGGCAGCAGAGUCUGAGAAGCGUUAGCGUGGACAAUUUGACGCGCCCCGUGCCCUCACCGCUUAAGGUUAACCCAGACGUCACUGGACUUGAAAAGUCAAUUUCAAGUCUAUCACAUCAUGACAUCCGUAGGAUACAUAGGAAAAAGAAUCUGUUAUGACAGAGAGUCGGUUAGUAACAGAAAUGCGUGUUGACAGGUCAUAUUGUCAAGCAUAUAUUAAUAAACUGUUUUCUUUCUGUACGCUAUAAAUAACUUACGAAUCGAAGAUGUAUAUGUUACUUGAAAAGAUCUUAAUUGAAGUUUCUUUGACUUCUACUAGAGCCUAUCGUACCGCAUAAUUAUGUUGUUCCGUUGUGAAAGUUUGAAUGUAGGAUUUGACCCCACCUACGAGUCGUUCAAAAACAAGAACUGUAAUAAAUACUAAUACGAACCUGAAGCGUAUCCAUGUCGUCCCCGUUGGUCUCAAAACUAGUCCGAUCUAUUAUACACGAAUACUAAAAUGUCAUAUCAGAGAAAUGAUUUAUCGUUUUUUAUAUAGAUUUUUUAUCUGAAAUUUUCUUAAUGAAAUAAAUUACACAGAUAUAUGA